CGUUUCCUGGCCAGGGGCCAGCCUGCAGUGUUGUUCACAGCAAGAAGUCCCUUGUUAGUGCGAGUGCAGGUAGGAGCAGGACAAGCUCCCGGCUGGAAAACCUGAGCAUUGCAGCACAGCCAGUAAGAUGAUCCUGAAGAACUGUGUGGGUUUGAUAACGGGAGCGUCACAAGGGCUGGGGAAGGCGUUCGCUGAAUCUCUCUUAAAGAAAGGCGCACAGGUGGUUAUAUGCGAUAUCAACCAGGCACAAGGUGAAAUCACUAGAGCAGAGUUUGACUUGAGAUAUGGACCUGGAAGAACUUCCUUUAUCACCUGCGAUGUCACAUCAUUGCCCCAACUGAAAGAUGUUUUUAGUCAAACAGUGCAGACGUUUGGAAGACUAGAUGUACUGUGCAAUAAUGCUGGAAUAAACAAUGAAAAUUCCUGGGAAAGGACCAUUUCUGUCAACUUGGUGGCAUUGAUACAAGCAAGUUACCUGGCUUUGGACCAUAUGAGGCGUGAUCGUGGUGGAAAAGGUGGAAGUAUUAUCAACGUGGCUUCCAUGUCAGGUUUUGUACCAGCAGCACAUGCUCCAGUCUACACAGCUUCAAAGCAUGGAGUGCUUGGUUUUACCAGAUCUCUUGCUGAAGCUUCUAGCCUUGGAAAUUAUGGGGUACGAAUAAAUGCACUGUGCCCAAGUUUUGUCAACACUGAAAUUCUUGAGACUGUAAACCGUGAAGAAAAUCUAGGAAUCUUUUAUCAGUUCAAGGACAAUGUCAAGAAUUUAAUGCAGGUCUUUGGAGUGUUGGAACCAUCGGAUAUAGCCAACGGGUUUGUACAACUGCUUGAAGAUGACAACUUGAAUGGAGCAGUCAUGAAAAUUACAACAUCGAAGGGUAUUCAUUUUGAGAACUAUUAGCCAAAACCACCUCUCAAUAUUGGACUAUUGCCAAUUGGCAAGAAAUUUUGGUUGCAAAGUUUCCUAACACUGGUUCCAAAUGUGCACUCCUUUCUACUGCAGUAAAUUGAUAAAAACAAUUGUAUAUAUAAAAAGGCAAUACAUAAAGCUUACAUAUAUAUGGGGAAACAUAAUGUGAUUCAUUCCAGUCUUAAUAUAAACAAUGUAUCAUUGUUAGUCAAUGUCAUUUACAACAGAAAAUUUGUCAUUUUAAAUUAA